AUGUCGCAAACAGAAAGUACUAGUAGAGAAAAUGAUCUAUAUGCGGACUCCCCUUGGUUCAAGACACGCGUUGAAGGGCCUAUGGGACAUAUGUGGCUGCGAGCGCAAUCCAUCUUCCUUAUGUCAAAAAAUUAUUCCAAGGAGCUCCCAUGGUUUCAAAUCGCCAAUACUAUAGAAUUCGAACACACAAGAUCUGAUUAUCGACAACAUGACUCUCCUGAUUUAGCCAGUGAUCAAAGAGAAAUAGGAUCAGGAAGAGAAUCAGGACAUAUAUUCUAUGUAAAUCCGCCAAUUCGAAAGUUAAUUGAUCUCAUCAUCACCCGAUGGAAUCCAAUUUAUCUCAGCGAAAUAUCUUCUGUGGAAACAUUGCAUGUUUCGUUGAUACCAAACCGUUUAAAAAACUUAACUGAUGUCGUUUCGUUUCUCAGUGAAAUAAACUCUGAUAGCACAACUCAAGAUAAACUGGAGACAUUUCAGUCGUGUCUGACUACGCUACACUAUCAUGAAGUGUGGGCUUCAAUAGUCCAAGAUCACCACAAUAUUGAAAUGCAGAUCAAAGAUCGUAAAUUUACUAUUUGUGUGAAAAGCAUUAAACCCAAUAUGACAGGAUGUAAAACAAAGGAAGCUGCACUGAUCGUAGGAACAACAAACAUGAUUUCAAGCAUCUACGUUUCAAAGGAAUGUGGCGAAGCUAUAAAACAGGAGCAACAGAAGAACGGUUCGACAAUGCUUGAUUUACUGAAGCUAAGCAACAUAACAUCACCUGUGCGCAUGAUCAGUGCUAUUGAUAACCUGAACCGUUGGUCUUAUGGAUGUAAUCUAAUUAUUCCCAGGCCUGAAGAUCCGUACUUCGACUUGCCAAAUGGCUUCGAUUCUUCGAAGACGAUACAAAGAGAUGGCUUCAAUUCAGAUCAAUCCAAAGCUAUCGAUAUCAGUGCGUGUAUGCACGAAGAUCGUGAAGAUCGAUUGCAUUUGAUCUUCGGUCCACCAGGUACUGGUAAGAGUCGUACAAUCGCGGGCAUCGUUUUAAAUUUACUAUCAAACUAUUUGUACCAAAGAAAAAAAAUAUUGGUAUGCGCGCCGUCGAAUAGUGCAUGUGAUGUGAUAUCGUGUCAUAUUCUUCAAAGAUUAUCAAAACAACAAAGAGGUACUAAGUUGAAUUUAAACUAUUCGGAUUCUCUAAUGCUUAUUCACUUUGUUACAGAUGAACACACUCUCAUUCGCAUUGGUUCGCAACCACCCAUAGACGAAGAUCUCUCGAAUAAUUUCCUGAGUUUUCUGGUACUUGAAGAAAUUUUCAAUGCUCUACAACGAGAGCCCGCCACUAAAAAAGUAGAUUUAACCAAACUUCAGAAAAACAUCUUAAAUAAAGCAACAGUUAUUGUAUCAACACUCAAUAAUUGUGCGAGUUCCCGCUUAUCAUCACUCAUAGGUCAAGUUAGUUUUGUGAUCAUUGACGAAGCAAGUCAAAGUUUGAUGGCAGACUGUUUUAUACCUAAUCGAUUCAACUGCGCUAGAACGAUUCUGGUUGGCGAUCCAAAGCAACUGCGACCAACAGUCCUAAGCAAAGCUGGCCAAGAUAAUGGUCUCAAUCGAUCGCUCUAUGAGCAUCUCUAUCAAACCUUGGAAAAUUAUGGUCGAAUCACUACUCUAACAAUGCAAUAUCGGAUGCACUCGAAAGUGUGCUCGUUUCCAAACCGUACUUUUUAUAAGAAAAUGUUGAAAACAGAUCCGUCAGUGGACGAACAUAUGAAACACAUUGGUCUACGGCACAUUUACUGCUAUAAUAGAUCGAUGCCUGGAGCAAUGAGAGAAGAUGAUAAUUCCAUUAAAAAUGAAGGCGAGGCCGUAUUUGUUAAACAGCUUUGUGACCUUCUCAUUGAUCAUAUCGGAGGCCAACAAUUGGAUGUUCAAAAGCAAAUUGCUGUUAUCAGCCCGUACCGAGCUCAUAAGUAUUAUCUUCGAAGUCUUCUUCCCCCUCAUGUCGAAGUGAUGACUGUCGAGGGCGCACAGGGAAGGGAAAAAGAUUUCAUCAUUUUUUCGUGUGUCCGUAGUGGUGAACAAAUCGGCUUCUUGAAUGAUCAACGACGACUCAAUGUUGCGUUGACACGUGCAAAAAAAGGUCUUUAUAUUGUCGGGAACCUCAGAGAAAUAGCACAAAAAGAUGAUUUUUGGAAAAGUUUACUUGUCGAUGCUGAAAAAAGGGGUAUUAUUUUUGACGUGAAAGAAGAUGAUCUGCCGGCCUUACCAAGAUGCCAAUCACAAAAUGUUUAA